AUGAAGCACUGUAUCUCGCUUCUGUUUCUUUUUGUUACUGGCAUCCUAGCUAUCCCUGCCUCGUCAGCUCAGAAAUGCAAGCGUGGCGAGAGGUACCUGGACUGCGGCUCAGCAUGCCCAAAGACCUGUGGCAAUCCUGAGCCUGAAAUCUGUACCAUGGAGUGUGUUAGUGGUUGCUUCUGUAAAGAAGGUCUCAUUCGCAACAAAUUUGUCAGCUGGGAUAUUGCGUCAAGCCUCAAAAGUGUUAAGUACUUCGAAGAUCCUGCUCGCACCUAUAGUAUUGGGUAG